CAGGAAACAGACAGCGGACAGCUCUACCAAUAAAUCAUAAUGGUAAUACUAAGGAAAAGAAACAUUUUCAAGUUAGCUUUGCUGCUUGAUAGAUCACCCAGAAGAAAUGCACGUAUAAAACUUGUGUACAAAAUGAAAGUUCAACUGGUUUAUAUAUUGCUUACACAUCUAUUUAUUAAUGCUCAUGCAUAUACAACAUGUGAAGAAAACCAACUAUGCUACUUCAAGUCUACUGUAUCAGAAAGUAGUAAUAGGAUUAAAACACUGCAGUGGAAAACAAAUGUUUACAUUGUUAGCAUUUGCAAUCUUGGAGACCCAUGCACAACUUAUGCCAAUUUUCGUGAUUAUGCAACUCCAAGUGUUGAUAGUAAUGUAAAUAAUGUAUCAUUUUCCAUGACACUGUCAAACGUUAACCGUAAGAGGUUGCAAUCUGAUGGAUAUGUAUGGAAAGCAAUUGCUUUCUUUUCUGAUGGAUCUUCUAAAAUUUUCUUUGACACAACACUGCAAAUAAUUGUCAAGCCCAAACAAUUGACCUGUGCAUACAACACAUCUGUAAAUGGUCUUCUGAUUGACUGCUUGGGUUCCAAAUCAUAUCCUGAAAGUAAAUGUAAUUUCACAUUAAAGUUUAAUGAAGUUGAUAUUGGAAUAAACAACACCCCUGAAUACAACCACACAAAGCUUUUCGAGAAUGAUGAGUAUUUCUUGACCAGAUGUUCUCUAAACAUUCCCAUGCAGAACAUAACAACUGGACAUUAUGAAUUUGAUAUUAGAAUUUACCCUGGCUCAUCAGAUAGUGAAUGUGAAGACUGUGGGAAUACAACAAUAACGUUGGAUAUAGAAAAACCCAAAGUUCAGUUAAUCAGGUGUUCUAGCUAUGUGUUUGAAGGAACAAGACUAGACUGUACUUGUAGAAAAUCUGAUAGCAGUGACUUAGCAUCACAAGUAACUUGGUAUCAAGGAAAUAGCAUUCUACAGGAAGGAGAAAAUAUUUCUGUUCUAACAACAACAGUUUCAAUGGCUCAAAAUUACACAUGCCUAUCUGAAAAUGCCUUUGGUUGGAGAAGCAACAGUGAAAUCUACAUCCCUAACAUCAUUAACGACAAACCAUACUCAUGCUUACCACAAGGAAUAUGUUAUGGUAAUGUUGAGUUCUGUUAUAAUGGACAAGUGGAGUCAUGCUUUUCAUUUAAUUUGUCAUCUGUAACCUUUAAAAAAUGGUGUGAAACACAAGGACAUCUGAAAAGAAAUGGAUCUUCCAACCUUGCAUGUGAUACACAUUUUGACCUUCGAGAAGAAGAAGGUCGAAGAAUUCUGAUUAGUAUAGUGGUCGCAGUAAUUGUUGUAUUAAUUAUAUUUAUCAUCAUUUGUUGGAAGAAGAAGUUAAUAACUAAAAAACUAUUCAAGUCACGCAAAAAGAAACAAUCAAGAAAUGAGCAUUGUGAAAGUCAGGCAUAUCCAAGUUCUGCUAAUGUUUUAGAAUUGGAACUUUUCUUACCCAGAAGUACAGGAAGUAAAGUGCCUACGCCACACAAAUCUGGAAAACAUUCACAGAUCUGUAUCAAAACAUUUUCAACACGAGGAGAUGAAGAAGAUAUACAUUUUGCCAAAAAGGAAUGGGAUAUUUGUAAGAGGAAAUCAAAACAUAAAGGAUUGAUUUUAUGCACAGAAUAUUUAAAAAAUCCGAAAGCUUAUUUGCCUGAGUAUGAUCAAGAGACAGUAAAAACCUACAUCAAUACCUGCAUUAAUUUGACAGUAAGAUUGGUUGUUAAAUUAGUAAGUACUAAGAGACCAGUUAAUGCCUUUGGAGCUCAGAAAGAUCAUGCGUUGACAGGAAGUGGUAUUAUUGUAGCAGUUGAACAUACAGAAACAUACCAUCAUGUGGAACAUCAUGAUCAGACUGAAAAGCAAACAUGGAGUGUGUACAUAGCCACAGCCACACAAGUUGUGUUUGAUCAAACAGAAGCUGAGUGUACAAUAGCAGAGCUGUUUUAUGAUGAUGAACAGAAAAGUAGAGUCAAGAAGCUUCAGGCAAUAGGAAUACACCAAUACAAUAAAAAUGAGUCUUGUAUUAUACACUGUAUUACUGAUGAAGAGAAUGUAUACAGUUCUUUAAAAGAAACUUUGAGACAGCAAAAAGAUCUGUGUAAAGAUGUACUUUGUAAUGAAAAUAAAGUUGUGUUAAUCUCACACCCUCAUGGCAUGCCUAAACAUAUCAGUUUUGGUGAGUGUACUGAAAUAAGUGCAGAUUCAUCUACUCCACUGUUCAAGUUGAGCAGGUGGAAAUACACAGCAGCAACAUGCAAUGGAAGUGCUGGGGCUCCAGUUCUAAUGCUGAACAAUUGGUACUGGCAAUUCUCAAAGUUACUUAUUGCAGAUUUUCAUGUACAUUCUGGAGUCAAUUCAGAAGGAUUUAAUUUUUCUAGCAAAGCUCCAAUAACAAAGAAAAUUGCUGAAAAAAUGUUAUCUGAGGCAUUGCAGAAUAUCUCAUAUGAAGAAGUUGAAGUUAACUGUAGUGAAAAAGAAGUGAAACACAAACAAGCUCAUGUUUAUGAAGCUUCCUCUACCUACAGUGCUGAUAAUUUAUGUAUUGGUUUACCAAACUGCGAAAAAAAUCCAGGCCACACUGAUUUUAUUGAAGUAGAAAGUUUUUCCCAAGAUCAUUUACCAGAUAAGUAUCGCGAGGCAAUUCUUUAUGACUACAUUAAAAAACUAAUAACUUUAACCGGCAAAGUGAUGGUAAAUUUUAAAAGUCCAGAUAGAUCACAAUUUUACCCAACUACAGGUGACCUAUUCAAAGCAGGAGCUGGAACAGGAACAAUAGUGUCGGUGGUAGAAAUCAAAGAACAAGUUUCAUGCCCCUGUCCAGAUUGCAAAAAUUUGGAUGUUGCAAAAAAAAAGUUUUAUUUAAUAUUUGUCCGCACAGCAAAACAUAUUAUAUUUAAUGAUGAAGAAGCACAUAAAAGCAAUUUCCAAAUAAAUUUUGAUAAAGAAGUAUCAUCUGAAAUAAAUUUGUAUGGUCUGAGAUUAAUUGAAAGUGAAAUUAGUAAGGAAAGGUCACUUGUAAUGUAUGUUACUCAUGAUUUAGAAGUAGGAGGCAAGUUGGCUAAUACCUUGAGACAACUGUAUACACUGGAUAAAAAAAUUGUUAAAAAAUUUAAAAUAUCAGAUGAUCACAAACUUGCUGUUGUUGUUUCUCAUCCACAUGGAUCAUUUAAACAUGUAUCAAUUGGAAAGUGGUUGAAUAGAAAGAUCGUGCUGUCACAAGAUCGUUGUUAUACACAAUACACUUACACCACAGCUACAUGUCAGGGCUGUAGUGGUGCACCUGUUUUUAUAUUAGGUGAAAGGAUCCCUCGAGUAACUAAACGUUUGCUAACACCUCAUGUCCAUAAAGAAACAGGUGAUGAAUAUAAUACAAGCUGUUGUGGAAUUGAGAGUUACAGGAUUUAAACAGACUUCCAAAGGGGAAAAAGAAUUAUUCUGCAAAUUAUUUAUUCUUUUGUUUGGAUUUUUAGUCUCCACAUGUACA